AUAGUAAUGAAGUGAAAUAGUGAUAGUAAUGAAGUGAAGUAGUGAUAGUAAUGAAGUGAAGUAGUGAUAGUAAUGAAGUGAAGUAGUGAUAGUAAUGAAGUGAAGUAGUGAUAGUAAUGAGGUUAAGAGAAAAAUGAAUCGUGGGAAGAUAUCUUUCGGGAAGAUUGGCUUUAGCCUAGGGAGUACGAAGGCUCUAGGUGAACCAUUGACACUGACCACAGCUGAGAGUGUCAAAGAACAGACAGCUUUGACUGGGUUUGGGUCUUUUGGAAAAAUCCAUCCAGAGAAGAAUGCCAAACCUGAUAAUGAAAAAAAUGAAGCUGAAAUGGCGACUACCAUGGGAUUCUCUGGCUUUGGGAAGAAAGCAAGGGAGAUUGAUAUCGAGAAGCUUGUAGAGGAGACGCGUAAAUCUGCCAUUGACAGAAAUAGAGAGAAUAUUGAAAAACUGAAGCUUCAAGCAGCCUAUCUUCCAGAAGAAAAUAAGUUGGGAGAUGCGCCAUUGCCAAAAGGUUUAACAGUAUCUUCCCCCUCGCCAACAAAUGACGAGACCAGUGAUGAUGAGGACUUCAUUGGGCCGCCACUGCCUCCUGGAAUAAAUUUACCCAAGGAGAGUGAUGCAGAAAGUGGAGAUGAGAGCAAUGAAGAGGAGUACCCAAUUCCCAUUACUCAUGAGCUGAUUCUAGAACAUGGUACAAAAACAGUUUCAGGCUUGGCUGUUGAUCCAUCUGGUACAAGGCUUGUCACUGGAGGCCUGGAUUAUGAUGUAAGAUAUUGGGAUUUCCAAGGAAUGGACCAGGCACGAGAAGCAUUUAGAUCUUUCUGUCCUUCUGAUGGUUACCCAAUUAACAGUGUUGAAUAUAGCUGCACAGGUGAUAAAGUUUUGGUGGUGCCAGGGUCUGCACAGGCUAAAGUGUAUGACCGAGAUGGUAUAGAAUUAUUUGAAUGUGUCAGAGGCGACAUGUACUUGCAUGAUAUGGCAAAAACAAAAGGGCAUGUCGCAGGUUUAACUUGUGGCACUUGGCAUCCAAAGGAUAAGGAAGAGUUCAUGACCUCUGCAAGAGACGGAACCUGUCGAUUGUGGCACACAAGCCAACCUCACUCUCAAAAGAAUGUUAUAAAAGCACGAGCAUUAAAUGGCUUGAAAACUAUACCUACUACUUGUACUUUCAAUAAAGAUGGAGUGUUAGUAGCAUGUGCAUGCGAUGAUGGUUCCAUACAAAUGUGGGAUCACCGCAAGAAUUUUGUCAAUGUGACUAUAAAUAUAAAGAAUGCACACACCAGAGGAAGUGACACCUCAGGCUUAGUGUUUGCUUAUGAUAACAGAGGUUUUGCCACAAGAGGAGGGGAUGAUACUCUAAAGUUGUGGGACAUGCGUAAUACGAAACAAGCAGUGCACACUGCUAAAGAUCUUUUCAAUAGGUUUGGAAUGACAGAUUGUAUAUUCAGUCCAAAUGACCAGAUUUUAGUAACUGGAACUUCUCUAAACAGAGGUGAAACUAAAGGUAAAUUAAUAAUGUACAACUGCAACACAUGGGACAUUGUUAAAGAGCUUGAAGUUGGCCCAAGUCAUGUGGUAAAAAUAAUUUGGCACCCUAGAUUAAACCAGAUUAUGCUUGGCUGUGGGGAUGGCAAAGUACGCCUUCUUUACGAACCUAAAGUUUCGCACAAUGGUGCAAUUCUAGUUGCAGGUAAGCACAACAAGCGGUCUAAACAGGCUGAAGUGGUAGUGUCCCAGCAAGUAAUUACACCACAUGCUUUACCAAUGUUCCGAGAGGAAAGACACAAGUCUACCCGAAAACUGGAGGAGAGAGACAGGAAAGACCCCGUAAAGUCCCGCCAGCCAGACCUACCUGUUGGGAAGGCAGGGUCAGGAGGGCGUGUCUCAGCUGGUGGUUCAACUCUCUCAUCUUAUAUCAUUCGUAACAUGGGGCUUAGGAAUAAAGUACAUGAAGAAGGAGAUCCAAGAGAAGCUUUGCUAAAGUAUGCAAAGGAUGCAGAAGAAAACCCAUAUUGGGUUACUCCAGCAUACACAAAAAAUCAACCCAAACCUGUCUUCCAAGAAGAAAAGGAGACUAAAGAGGAAGAAAUUGAGGAACCAGCAACAAAAAAAGUUAAAACUUAAUAUAAAUAAUCAUCUCUGCCCUUUGCCCUUGUUUCUUAAAAUGUACAAAAUUAAAUGGAAUGUGAAAAUAAGUUGCAUUUGUAAUGCAGUAUGUUUAACCUAUCAGUAAAUUUUUGUUUAUAAUAAAACAGGAAUACCCACUA